AAGCCCCUACUGCUCCUACACCCGCCUGCUCCUUCUAACUGCCCAGGUCUCCUUCGUGGAACCCUCAGCCCGAGGAUGGAGAUGGAGAGGGCUCUAGGCUCCUGUCUCUGCGGCUGCCUGGCUCUGCUGGUCCUUCUGCCUCCCCUGAGCCUGGCGCAGUACGAGAGCUGGCCCUACUACCCCGAGUACUUCCAGCAACCGGCCCCCGAGUACCACCGGCCCCAGCCGCCCCCCGACGUGGCCAAGAUCCAGCUGCGCCUGGCCGGGCAGAAGAGGAAGCACAGCGAGGGCCGGGUGGAGGUAUACUACGAUGGCCAGUGGGGCACCGUGUGCGACGACGACUUCUCCAUCCACGCCGCCCACGUCGUCUGCCGGGAGCUGGGCUACGUGGAAGCCAAGUCCUGGACCGCCAGCUCCUCCUACGGCAAGGGGGAAGGGCCCAUCUGGUUGGACAAUCUCCACUGCACUGGCAAGGAGGCGACCCUCGCAGCCUGCACCUCCAAUGGCUGGGGCGUCACCGACUGCAAGCACACAGAAGACGUCGGUGUGGUGUGCAGCGACAAGAGGAUUCCUGGGUUCAAGUUUGACAACUCGUUGAUCAACCAGAUAGAGAACCUGAAUAUCCAGGUGGAGGACAUCCGGAUCCGAGCCAUCCUCUCAGCCUACCGCAAGCGCACCCCCGUGACGGAGGGCUACGUGGAGGUGAAGGAAGGCAAAGCUUGGAAGCAGAUCUGCGACAAGCACUGGACGGCCAAGAACUCCCGUGUGGUCUGCGGCAUGUUCGGCUUCCCUGGGGAUAAGACGUACAACACCAAAGUGUACAAAAUGUUUGCCUCACGGAGGAAGCAGCGCUACUGGCCAUACUCCAUGGACUGUACCGGCACGGAGGCCCACAUCUCCAGCUGCAAGCUGGGCCCUCAGGUGUCACUGGAUCCCAUGAAGAACGUCACCUGUGAGAAUGGGCUGCCAGCCGUGGUGAGUUGUGUGCCUGGCCAGGUCUUCAGCCCCGACGGACCCUCGAGAUUCCGGAAGGCCUACAAGCCAGAGCAACCCCUGGUGCGACUGCGAGGCGGAGCCAACGUCGGGGAGGGCCGCGUGGAAGUGCUCAAGAACGGAGAAUGGGGCACCGUCUGCGACGACAAGUGGGACCUGGUGUCAGCCAGCGUGGUCUGCAGAGAGCUGGGCUUUGGAAGUGCCAAAGAAGCAGUCACGGGCUCCCGGCUGGGGCAAGGGAUGGGACCCAUCCACCUCAAUGAGAUCGAGUGCACAGGGAAUGAGAAGUCCAUCAUAGACUGCAAGUUCAAUGCCGAGUCUCAGGGCUGCAGCCACGAGGAGGAUGCUGGUGUGAGAUGCAACAUCCCGGCCAUGGGCUUUCAGAAGAAGCUGCGCUUGAACGGGGGCCGCAAUCCCUACGAGGGCCGGGUGGAGGUGCUGGUGGAGAGGAAUGGGUCCCUCGUAUGGGGGACGGUGUGCGGUGAGAACUGGGGCAUCGUGGAGGCCAUGGUGGUCUGCCGGCAGCUGGGCCUGGGGUUCGCCAGCAGCGCCUUCCAGGAGACCUGGUAUUGGCACGGAAAUGUCUACGCCAACAAAGUGGUCAUGAGCGGAGUGAAGUGCUCGGGAACGGAGCUGUCCCUGGCCCACUGUCGCCACGAUGGAGAGGACGUGGCCUGUCCCCAGGGUGGGGUGCAGUACGGGGCCGGAGUCGCCUGCUCAGAAACUGCCCCUGACCUGGUCCUCAAUGCCGAGAUUGUGCAGCAGACCACCUACCUGGAGGACCGGCCCAUGAUGAUGCUGCAGUGCGCCAUGGAGGAGAACUGCCUCUCGGCCUCGGCCGCCCAGACCAACCCCACCACGGGCUACCGCCGGCUCCUGCGCUUCUCCUCCCAGAUCCACAACAACGGCCAGUCCGACUUCCGGCCCAAGAACGGUCGCCACGCGUGGAUCUGGCAUGACUGUCACAGGCACUAUCACAGCAUGGAAGUAUUCACCCACUAUGACCUGCUGAACCUCAAUGGCACCAAGGUGGCAGAGGGCCACAAGGCCAGCUUCUGCUUGGAGGACACGGAAUGUGAAGGAGACAUCCAGAAGAGUUACGAGUGUGCCAACUUCGGUGAGCAGGGCAUUACCAUGGGCUGCUGGGACGUGUACCGCCAUGACAUUGACUGCCAGUGGGUUGACAUCACCGAUGUGCCCCCUGGAGACUACCUGUUCCAGGUUGUCAUUAACCCCAACUAUGAGGUUGCAGAAUCGGAUUACUCCAACAACAUCAUGAAGUGCAGAAGCCGCUACGACGGCCAUCGCAUCUGGAUGUACAACUGCCACAUAGGUGGUUCCUUCAGCGAAGAGACAGAAAAAAAAUUCGAACACUUCAGUGGACUCAUAAAUAACCAACUCUCCACGCGGUAAAGAAACCUCUGGGGUCACCUCCUGUCUUCGGGCUACAUUGCAUCUUCCCCAGGACUUCCCUCAACAGAGUCUGACGGGUCGCCACGUGCCCCGGCCCAGCCCAGCUCCCACCCCGUCCAGAACUGCAGCCGCAUCCAAGCUCAGGAGGAAGGGGAUACUCCCAUCAUUCGCAGGGG